AAAUGAAUAGACACUUUAAUCGAAAAAAGGCAGUCGCAGCUUCAAUUUGUGUAGUAAUAGUAAACAAAGUCUAGUUUCAACGUUUGGGAAUUCUAGAACCUGGCGUUGUCAAUACUUUCCCCCAAAAUAUCACGUGCAAGUGCAAUAAAAAUCGCGCGCGACCGCUAACCUGCAAUUGCAAGUGAAUUGCCAAAAUGAAUCAGCUGUUUCUCAAACGCGCAUGCUUCUGGGCAAGUUUUAUUGUGUAUUGCAUGGUCUUGCAUGAAGAAUUGCAGUAUGUAAAGCGGCCUUUAGAAAAGUUGUUGAUGGCAGUUGUUUGGGGGGUGGUUUGAUGCUUUGCUUCAUUUUAAGGGGAGCAAAGUGGAAGAAACGUUUCAACUUUCAAUUAAACAUAACAGAUACUACAAUUACAUAACUAGCCAACUAAAUAUUAGGAGAAACUAAAGAGUAAACAACACUGGACCUACCAUCUUCAGCUUGUAUUAGCCCACAUUACACUUUGUUCCCAGUCCAAAGUAAUUUGUAGUACCUGUGUAAAGUGAAUAAUCGGAAGAAAUGUUAUCAGCUGUUCUUUGCAGUGUUUUUAUGUGGUGAAUUAUGGUUUUCUUUUAGGAUUAGUUUGAAGAUGGCACCAAAAAAGAAGAAAAACACAAAUGGUUCAAAAUCUAGCAGAAAAAGUCGUUCAGAUACAAGCACUGAUACACAGAAAACCGAUUUUAUCAACUUUGAAAAGAAGCCAAAUCUCAAAAACUUUGGUAAAUAUCGAUCUCUUUUAGAAAAUCCAGAGGAAGCUCAAAGUAUAGACUGUCCCGAGCACAAUGAAUCAGAAAAUAUCGAUUUUGAAGAACUAAUCUCUGUAAGUUGUAUAAAUUCAUCGGGACUGAAAAUGGAUGAUCAAUUUACUGAUCCGGCCAUACAUAUAACUGAGAUACGAGCUAAAGCGGAUGCCGAUUGCCUAGCGACAGAUAUAUCUUCGCAACUGUCUAACUUGGUAGUAACAGGAGACACCAAGCAUGUUGAUCGAGAUGUUGGUGUAAAAUGUGAGAUGGAUGCGACACAAAUAGAGUUGUCUGAUCAUAUUUUUAAUGAUAAUGCGCAAACAUUCACCGGUGAAUGUGUUCCUGCAGAGAUUAUACCUGUAGCUAGUGAACAAGAAGUCGAAUCCGAAGUUGUUAUCGAAUUCGCACCUUCUACGGGCAUCAAGGAUGAAACUUCUGAGAAUAUGAAGUCUGAGAAAAAACCAAAGAGUAAAAGUCGAAGUUCUAAGAGUUCAAAAUCAUCGAGAAGCAGAAGUACUGCACGAAAAAAGUCCUCUUCAACACCGAAACUCGAGUCCAAACCUAAAAAGGAGGCCAGUAGCAAACCUAGAGCGAAGAAGACGGAUAAGGAGUUAAUGGACGUUUUGAUGAGCUUGGAUAAUUCAAUAAGGCGUUCUAGUAGAAUAAAAUCAAUUUGCGAAAAACAGACGCAAAACAAAAACGAAGGUAAGGGUGGAAAAGGCAGCACCGAUUCAGACCUUUCCGAAAGCGGUCAAGCCGAUGAUAAUAUACCGACGGACGGCUCAAAUCCUCCGAAUCCAGUUGUGGAAAGUGAAGCGGAAGUUAAACCUGUGAAGGUGAAGUCACGUUGGCGGCGUUCCAGCGAAUUAGAAAUGGAGGUGGAGGCUGAUAAGGUUUUAAGUAGCGCUGAAGAAAUUAAAGGUAGAUUAAAGCAAUUCAUACAUCUGAAAGAGAAUCAGUAUCUGACCGGAAGGGUCACUUGUAAAGAAGCUAGAAAGAUGGUUUGCGAUUGCAUGUUGACGAAUGAAGAAAUUGAAAAGGGUGAAGUUGGCUGUGGGGAAGAUUGUCUCAAUCGCUUGCUGUUAAUUGAAUGGUAGGUAUGACCCAAAGUC